AUGUCGGGCACGUCUUCCAAGACUGCUCGACCUUCGCGUCCCACGACGCCAUCAUCUACAACUCCACCCGCUCCACCGCCUCGGACUCCAACGGCAGGACCAUCACCCGAAGCUUCUUUCGAGCCUGAGAACCUCCCGCCACUCGAGGACUACAUUGGAGCCAUACCACAGCAUGAUCUGGAGUCGGAUAAGACUCCUGUCAACGAGAGGAUUGACCUACCCACCUUGCGGCCCUUUCGGAAGAUUGCUGACAAUGAGUUCCUGACAAAACGCCGAGACGAAGCCAUUGCUAAGACAGCUCCACUCCUUGGCAAAGAUUACUUGGCGGAAGGGGAAAUCGCACCUCGCCGACUCUAUAAACACACUUUCCCCCGAGCUUUGGAGCUCCUACGAACAUUCCUCGACAAUUUUGAAGUUGUACCAUACGUUCUCGAGGAUAAAUCAGCAUGCCGUAUCAAUUACAAACAGUAUUGGGUGCUUACACGGUUACUCCAGGAGUAUUCAGCCAUUGCGGAGAAGUCUUUCAAAUUUGCUGGACUGCCGCCACCACCUGUACCAUCGUGGGGCACCGGAGAAUACCUCAAAGACUUCUACUCAGAGAAUGACUUUGAGAUGCUCGGUGUUUGUUUCCGCGCAGAAGUCGAAAACUUCCUUGUAUUCAUGGAUCGAUAUCACGACUUCCUACACAACGUGCCUCAGCCACCGGACGAUGAGUGUCGUGACUUACUGGCAUCCCUAGUUCGUGAAGCUACACCGGCAUGUAUCCCGAAACAGACACCUCGUCCAUCCAGUGUCUCCUCACGAGCUACACACGAAUCUAGUUACUAUCCAUUAUACCCCGAAGAUAGUCGCGGGUUCAACGACGUACCACCAGCCUUUGGUGCGAGGACAAACCGCCCGACAAUGGCGUCGGAGUUGUUUGAGCCUGUUCGACCAAAGAAUACCGACCGGAUUCGACAAAUGCGGCACGGCUCCACCUAUCCGCAAGACGUGCCUCCGCAUCUCGGUUUUGGAUUUCCCGGACCGACCCGCCCGUCGACGCAAGCACCUCGUGGUUAUCAGUCUACACCAGCUCCGACGGCAAGAGCAAAUCCGCUCCGCACUGCCAAUCCACCUCACGGAGAUCCUGAUGAUGAUGACGACGACAGUUCAGAUGACGCGGGACCCCCGCGCCGUGGACCACCUGUACCGCCUCCGCGUGGUAACCGAGCCAACGGCCCGCCGGGUAACGGCCCGUCGAGUAACGGUCCGCCACCAGUCGUCGAAUCUCUUCGAUACCCAGCUCAGUCUGUGAAUACAAAGGAAGAACACUUUGAUGUCAAACUGAAGCAAGAGAAUGUACCUAAAUGGGAUGGCAACGUGGACACAGUCGCGCGAUGGAUGUUGAAGAUCAACAACCUUGCACGACGAUCAGACACGGUUCACCGUCAGUUGGGAACGAUUGUGCCUCAGCGACUCGAAGGCGCCGCAGAGGUAUGGUACUGGUCAUUACCUAUAACAUACCGUCAACAGAUUGAAGCCAACUGGGACACCUUACGCUCAGCAUUCAAUGACUACUAUUUGAAUCGUAAGUGGUUAGACCGCCAGCGCGGCCGUGCUAUGCGUGCGCGCUAUCGCGACUCAGAGAACCCGAAAGAAACCCCAAGCGAAUACUUUAUUCGCAAGUCGGAACUCUUGGGGAUGGUCUACACUCUCGACGCGUCAGGCGCUUCGAGGAAUCUGCCCCCGGCGCCGUUCCCCAAGGACGACGCAAACGUGUCCAAAAAGGCUACGCCCGAGUCCAAAGGUGCUCGACCUUGUAGACAUUGUGGUAGCGGAAAGCACUGGGAUAAUGAGUGUAAACAUGCAUUCCGCGGAAAUAAGACAGUUCGCGCUCACCUUGCGGCUGCAACUGAGGAGGAACUUGAUGCUCAGGAAGACUAUGACGACUUGUAUUAUAGCCUUGAACCUGCGGCGGAAGACGUUCAGGAUUUUGACUUAGCCUCUCAGAUUACUGAACCCACUGCUCACCUGGUUAACUCGAAGCCAGCCGAGUUUGGGAGCCAUUCAGCCCUGGGAGGAUGCUUCGAGUCCAAAGGCAGCCAACAAGCCUCUGUUGAAUCGGUCCCGGAUGAGGACGAAUUGAAAGAUUCUGUUCAAGCAGAUUCAAACCAGUCGCGAGAUGCAACAUGCAUGACCUACACAUCAGUUUCAUCACUGAAUCGUCGCUCAAGACGGCGCUUAGCGAGGGAAAUUAAAGCUGUGAAUUACCGAGUCAUGCACACACCUUACGAGGACCAGAAAUCGGUCAUUGAACUGCGCCGACAUAUGUCUCGACCGGAGGGAAGCGCCUUCCUCGGUGCGUCAGCAACACAAGCAACGGCCACGGUGGGCGGUUUGAAUAUUGACCCGCUCACUGUGAUCAUUGACUCUGGUUCUGACAUUACCUUGAUAUCGCGCAAAGCAUUUGAAGCACUUACCAUCCGGCCAAAGGUCAAGACUGGCCAUGACAUUAAACUGAUCCAAGUGACGGGUAAAUCUUCAAUUUCUGGCUAUGUCAUACUGGAUCUCUUCUUCGAAACGGACGACGGACCGAUUAGAAUGACCGUUGAGGCCUACAUCGUCACUGGUAUGAUGACACCGCUCAUUCUGGGCAACGAUUUCGCGGAUCAGUACUCGAUUUCUGUGCUGAGGCACGACGGACGUAGUUACCUUCGUUUUGGGGACUCUGGGAGACAAUUGGAAGUCAAAUCUUCGACUUCUCCUAGCCUACUUGAUGAAGACGGACACGCGUUCAAAGUACAAGUCUUUCGAGCAGCCCCGGAAGCCCAGACAGCCAGCGCAAGUCGACAUCGUCGAAGCCAGAAGAAGAGACAGCGAGAAAACGCCAGGAAGUCGAAGCAGGAGGUUUGGGCGACAGAGAGAAUAGUCAUUCCGCCAGAGACAAGUGUGAUGGUGCCGGUUAAAGCGUAUUUUCCAAAGGAUGAAGCCUGUUUGUUCGUUGAGCGACAGCUGAGAACCAACGGAAAUGCAGACGACUUGUAUGGGGCCCCAGACUCACUUAUCUCCCGGGAGAAACCUGUUCUCCACGUUGCCAACUUCUCCAAAGCUCCCGUCGUCAUUGGCGUCGGGCAACUCAGCAGAGUCAAAUUCACGCUCACGCUAAGCUCCUACGCACCUUGGUGGAGGAGAACGAGCGCGAGGACAUGA